AUGCCAUCUUAUCGCAUUUAUGGUGUGACGCUCGAAGGCUGUAUGCUCAUAGUUUCGAGACACUGCCAUUACUGUUUAGACGUCAUAUUAAAGAGAAUAAAUCCACUUGUGUCUCUUUUCGGCCCUAAUCCCAUACGCAACCAGAAGCAAGUUGAAAUGGGGGCAUCUGAGUCUGUACAAGUAACCGACGACGACGAUGAAGAAAUAGAAGAAGAAGAAGAAGAAAGAAACGAUCAUGGUCACAACGACACAAUCAGAUUACUUGGUGAAGAAGACAGUUUAAUGAAGAAGGUCGUGGAACAAGAGCCGGAACUGUUACCCUGCCACGCAUCUGCAUCGCCGUUAUCCCCUCAGCCGUCGUCUUUCGGCACUCCACGCCUUGCUCCAUCCAUCAAGGUGUGGGACCCUUGCAACGUCCUUUCUCCGCCGCCGCAGUUCACUCGGAGCUUCUCCGACGCGGUGGAUGACGAUAGAGCUAUGACGGAGGUGUACUUGAUAUGCCAAGGUGAGUGCCAUGUUAAUUUAAGACCAGAUUUGGUCGGUGGUCGUUGCCCUGAAGCUACACUGACGCCUAACGGGAAGAGACAAGCUAGAGCCUUAGCAGUGUUCUUGAAAUCUCAGGGGAUUCGAUUCAAUGCCGUUUACACUUCCCCUUUAGAUCGCGCUCGAUCGACAGCUCUUCCCAUCUGUCAGGAGAUGAAUUUUUCCGAACACCUGAUACAAGCAUCGGAAGCCCUACAAGAGAUGAGUCAUGGACUAUGGGAGGGAUGCGUGAAGUCCGAUGUAUACACCCCUGAAGUGUCAGCCUUAAUCGAGAGAUUCCAGCCGGAUUUUGCAGCCCCUUCCGGCGAAUCACUCCGGCAGGUGGAAUUCCGAAUGCUCCAAUUCCUAAACGGAACAGUAGUAUGCUUGCCGGAAAAGCUCCGAUCUGGUGGGUUUUCACCUCCAGAUCAUCAAUAUGGACUUCCAUCACCCCGGUGGGAUUUACUACAAAAGCCCAAACAAGUGUUGGCAAGGAGGAAGUCCGGGAAAAGCCGCCUGCAAAUGGUGACAACCACCGGAGAUCACGAGGCGGAUGAAGAACAAAACCACCAUCACCACCACCACCAUGUGGGGGUGGGGAUGAGUGGGAGAAGCAACAGCAACCACUGUGUGGCGGUUUUCAGUCACUCGAUUCCUAUCAAGUGUCUUUUGACAGGGGUUCUUGGUUGUAGCCCGGUGAUGUCAAACAAGAUGUGCAUAGAAGAUUCAUCUGUGACACUACUCCAACAUUCAUGGAAAACAGGGUGGCAGAUUAAAAGAUUAAAUGAUACCUCCCACCUUCGGCUUCUGUAGUAGACUAGUACUAGUAGUUGGGCCUGGCGGCAGAUAUAGGGCCAACUCCGGCGGCAAGUCGGCGGAGGGUGGUGGGAAAUGGGAUGGUAGUCGCAUUCUUUCAAUUGUGUAUUUGUGUAGCAUCACACAUGAAACAAACAUUUAUUUAUGAUUUUAUGAUUUAUGAUGAUGGUUGGUUUGAGUUGUUUGUAUGUAUGUAUACUUUAACAUUUUGAUUUGAAGGGAUACUUUCAUUACAAUA